AUGGACUUUGGGUGGCCUGAGGGGGUGGGGCUGGCCCUCUCCUACCCACCACUGCCCUUUACUCCCCCCGCCCAGCCCCCAGCUCCCCAGGGGACUGGGUCACUCUGGACCUUGCUACUUCCUGCUCCUGGCUGCCACUGCUCAGAGACUAUGGAGCUGUGGAAGCAGCUGAGGCAGGCUGGACUGGUGCCCCCAGGGCUGGGCCCACCCCCGCAGGCCCUGAGGGUGGUGCCCCCAGUGAAGAGGGUGGGUCAGACCCUCAUGUUCCCAGGGGCUGACACUGGAGGUGCCGGGGAGAGUCUGCUGUGGCUCUGGAAGGAGCUGGUGAACCUCCGCCUAGUGGAUGUCCAGCUGCUGGGCCAGCUAUGCAGCCUGGGGUUGGAGAUGGGGGCACUUCAGGAGGAACUGAUCAUCUUCCUGGAAGAGGAGGAGGACAUACAGCUGGAAGGGAAGCAGGAGGGGGCCUGCGGUCCAGCCCCAGAUCACCGCCUCCCUGACUUUGAAAUGACUAUCUGA